CAGCCAGCAUCUAGCAACCUGUACAUAUCCUCAAGGUUUGCAUUCUGCAUGUUUCCCACUGAAGUCGACGGCCGGGCAACGCAAGCAUGGCUGAUGCUGGUCCUUCGGAGGGCAUAAAAUCUGACAGUACGGAUGAUCAUGUGCAAGCAACUUCACAAAAAGUCGACCUCUCUGGGGACGUGGACGACCAGCAAGACGAAGAACUUGAUGAUCUUCUUGACAGUGCCCUGAAAGAUUUCGAAAAUGCUCCUCCAAGCCUUGGGAAGAAAGGAGAGAAGAAAAAGGACACAAACUGCUUGAACACUGGUACGUCAUCUGCAGAAGAUCACCCAUGGACAGCAGAGUUUGGCCAGUUUGCUGAUGUUAUGAACUCGUACUUGGAUCAAGAUCCUGAGUUAAAGGAACAGUUCAGCAAAAUUGCAGCUACAGCUAAUCGUGCAGCAACAGCCACAACAGACGAAGAAUUUGCAGCAACGUUAAAUGAGACAAUGAAGAGUAUAUCAGACACAGCUGCUUCUCUUGGUGAUCCUCCAUCACAAGACGAGUUGUCCACCCUUAUGGGAUCCUUAAACGUGGAUGGAUGCGGCAUCUCAGAAAAUGGACCAAUGGCAGGAAUGCCAGGCAUUGUGUCUAUGAUGCAGAACAUGAUGCAGAACCUACUUUCAAAGGAAAUGCUAUAUCCAGCACUGAGAGACAUUGUUGAUAAGUAUCCCGACUGGUUAGCAGAGAAAAGGCCUUCGCUUACGUCCCAAGAUUAUGAUCGCUUCAACAAACAGUACGAACUAAUGAAGCAGGUCUGUGAAGAGUUUGAGGCUGAGCAACCGAGCGAUGCCCCAGAAGUGAAAAAAGCAAGAUUUGAGCGUGUGUUGAAUUUUAUGCAAAAGAUGCAAGAAUGUGGACAACCUCCAAAAGAACUAGUAGAAAUUCAUCUGGAUUUCAUUUCAGAGCCCAGAACUUGCAAUGGGGGAAGCAGGCAACUUUCGUGUCCCUGGAAUGCCAGAGCAGUGCUGUCUCAUGUAGCAUAACCCACCUGUGUAGGAGUCUUGGAGCCAUUUGCUUGGCAGUUUACGAACAAAGGUUCACAUGAAAUUAAACAGAUGUUUUGCCUCUAGUGCAUUGCACCUUGAGGUUUUUGUAUGGAACUCAUAGUCUUUGGUUGUGGAAAGUAUUUACAAGACGCAUAGGUAUGUAUGUACUUCUUAGGAGCUGUGCUCCCUGUUGUUCUGUUGGGUAACUUUUAUAAAUUAAAGAUGUGCAUGUAAAUACAUUAUGUACACUGAGAAGUGGUACACUGACGCUGACUGGAAUAAAAGGCCUUCAUAUUCA